GAAUUCUAACGAAUACAAUUCACAUAACAUGGAAAUUAAUAUUGUCCAUUGAAAGUUCAUUUCUCUCUUCAACUUUUGUCAGAAAAUACAAUAAUAAUAAAUCAAAAAAAGAACAAACUAUGGAAAGAAAAGUUGCUAUUUCAUGGCCAUUUGAUUGUUUUGCUUUAGUGGCAACUGGAGCUACCUUAGGUGUGUUGGCUAUAUUACUUGUUUUAUUCCUAUUACUUUUGUGUCUUCCAUGGCAUAAGUGUGAUCGAUACUGUUCUUGCUGUCGUUGUUGGAUUUUUAGUUCAAAUGAGAAUAUUCACAGACAGUCAGAUGAUGCAUUUCGUGCAGCCAGAAUGCCUGGAGAGUACCCUAUGCCAAUGUUUGACUUCAUCCCACCAUCUGCUUUGCCCAAAUUACCAAACUACGAAGAAUGUUUAAAUACUGGGCCACCAGCGAAUGAUGAAGCUCCACCUCCGCCAACUCCACUUUCUUUUUAUUCAGUUAAUUCAAAUGGUCAAUCAGCUUUACGUCUUACUAUCCACAGUCAACCCGAUUUAGUUGCUCAUAAUCGCAGUUCCCAAGCACUUGCUAGUCCUUUAUCCACACCUCCACCGACUUACUCAUCAACUUGUUUGCAAAGGCCAUCAACGACGAGUCGAAUAGGUGAAGAUACAUCUAGAAUAGUUGAGAACUCAUCUCAUACAACAUCAAGGCAAUUAUCGGUGGACCGUUAAUUAAUUGUUAUCUUAAUAUUUUUCCUCAUUACGGUUUUGUACUCGCAAAAUGAUGGAUUACCUGUCUCUCCCUGUUAUACCUUGUACCAUUCUUUCAGUUGUGGGCGUUUUGAUUUUUCCUUGUUUUAAUUACAAAUAUAGAGAUGAAAAUAUAUUUAUGUGAUCACUGAACAAUAUACUACUACAAUUUUGGUGAGUAGUUAUAAAUCUUAGAGAUAAAAUAAUCAGUUCAGAUUUUUUUCUAGAUAUUUUUUUACCAACCUUUCACAUUCUUUCUCUUUUGAAAUAUUUGACAUAUCAAGGAUUUUCUGAUAAUAAAUAACACAAGCAUAUACUUUUCUGGUUGUCUGCUGUUAUGUAAGAAUAUGAUAUAUAUUGAUAGAUAUUUGUAUCAAA